AUGAACGGACAUGCCAACGUCGAGUCCGGGCGCCACUUCGAUGUUAUCGUCGUCGGCGCCGGCAUCUCCGGCAUCAACGCGGCCUACCGCAUCCAGAGCGAGCUGCCCGGCAUGAGCUAUGCUAUCCUCGAGGCUCGUGAUGAUCUGGGCGGCACCUGGGACCUGUUCAAGUACCCCGGUAUUCGCUCCGACUCCGAUCUCUUCACCUUUGGCUUCGCCUGGAACCCCUGGAACACCGACAACCCGAUCGCGGAGGGCGCCGAUAUCAAAAAAUAUCUGCGCAGCACCGCGCACAAGUUUGGCAUCGACUCCCACAUCCACUACCGGCAUCGCUUGCUCGGCUCGGACUGGUCCUCCGCCGACAACACCUGGUCGCUGUCCGUUGACCACGAUGGCAAGACUAAAACUUACACCGCGCGCUUUGUCAUUUUCGGCACCGGCUACUACGACUACAAGGAGCCACUGAAGGCGCAAAUCCCCGGCCUCGAUAAUUUCCAGGGCCAGGUCAUCCACCCGCAGUUCUGGCCCGAGGAUCUGAACUACAAAAACAAAAAAGUGGUCAUCAUCGGCAGCGGUGCCACCGCCGUGACGCUGCUUCCCAACAUGGCCGAGGAUGCCUCGCGGGUUACGAUGUUACAGCGCAGCCCAUCCUAUAUUCUCUCCGUUCCCAACACCAUCCGGAGCCGCUGGCUGCGCUAUCUGAUGCCCACACACCUCUACCAGCGGAUGCAGCGCAUCAUGUGGAUCGCGUCCGCGCGCUUUCUCUUUGUCUUCUGCCAGCGAUUCCCCAGCUUCGCCCGCUGGGUGUUGCGCCUCAGCUCGCGCCGACAGCUGCCCAGCCAUAUCUCCCUCGAUCCGCACUUCAAGCCGCACUACAACCCCUGGGAUCAGCGCAUGUGUCUCUGCCCCGACGGUGAUUUUUACAAGGGUCUCCGGACGGGCAAGGCCGAUAUCAAGACCGACACCAUCAAAACCGUGACCAAAAAGGGUAUCAUCCUCAAUUCGGGCGAGCAACUCGAUGCUGAUAUUAUCGUCACGGCCACGGGACUGAAACUCCAAAUUGCUGGCGGCUCCUCGCUAGCUGUGGACGGCGAGAAGAUCAACCUGGCCGACAAGUAUCUCUGGCACGGUGUCAUGCUUCAGGAUCUGCCCAAUGCGUCCUUUGUCAUUGGUUAUACAAACGCCUCAUGGACGCUGGGUGCCGACGCCACCGCCCACUUCAUCACACGUCUGCUCAAGGAUAUGGAGGAGCGCAAGAUAAUUGCGGCUAUUCCACGCCUGACGGCGAAGGAUGCGGCCCUCCUGCAAGAUCGGAAACUGCUCAACCUCAACUCAACGUAUAUCACCAGCGCCGAGGGGCGGUUGCCCAAGGCGGCCGAUCGCGGACCCUGGCAGCCACGCGAUAACUACUAUACCGACCUCCAAUUUGCUAAGAAGGGCAACUUUGAGGGUCUGGAGAUGGUGCAGGGGCCGAAAAUGGCGUGA